GGUGCAGUGAUUCAACUCCUUCUUGACUGUCAUAUAGCUCAAGAGGAGGAGAGGUGUUCAUUUACACCCUCCUUCCUUCCUACCCGGGCCCCUUUUCCCUCUCGAGCCCCGCCUCGAGCCAGCAGCACACCUGGACCACGGAGCGGCAGCGGGUAAAGGUGAGCAGGACCUCGGUGUCAAUUACGGCGUGCAGAGGAGGUGAAGGUGGAGACUUGUCCGACUCUGAGAAAAGAUAAACAUCACCAUCAUGGGUGAGGCACCAGUCAGUGAGGAUGGCACAGUGACACGAUCAGCAGAGUAUGUGGGUUCAUUUCCUGUGGAUGACCACUGUUUGGAUGACCAGAUAGAGCAACUGCACGCUCAGCUCAAGUCCCUCAAAACGUGCAAAAGGAGGAGAUCUGUAUCCAUAAAAUUCUCCAUCAAAGGUGUGAAAAUGUACAAUGAGGAUGAAACUACACUACUGAUGGCUCAUGCCCUGCGUAGAGUCUCCCUGUCCACGGCCCGGCCCAUCGACGCCCAGUUCGCCUUUGUCUCCCACAACCCAGGCAGCACCGACGCCCAGCUGUACUGCCAUGUCUUUCAAGCUAGACACGCCAGAGCAGCACAGUUCCUGAACCUGCUGCUGUGCCGCUGUUUCCAGCUGUCUUACUUGGAGAAGCACCCAGAGGAGGCCCAGGAGGACUCCGCUGGCUCAACGCCUCGUCGUAACCCCUCCCUGCUCAACCACGGCUUCCCUCUCAGUGUCAGCGCCCUGGUGUCCUUCAGAAGAGCCCCUUUUCGAGGGUGGUUGCCGGGGACUAAGAAGAAGAAUCAAAAGUCUUUUGAUGACCCAGUCAGCAGCCAAGAUGAAGUCUUCCCCACCUCCUCCCCAUCACUGGUGCGCAAGAAGGCCAUCCGCACCAAAGCGCUGCGCUCUGGGGCUUACCGCUCCUUCACCUUCACGCCACUCAAACAGCGCAGCGUUCAGGAGCGACUGAGCGAGUCACAAGAAAAGGACCAAAACAAGACGUCAGCGAGGAGAUCCCGCGCUCCGAGCUUGGCCGAAACAGAAGAAGCACUGGCUCAAGCAGUGUGGUGUUGGGCUGGUAUCGCAACUGACAGCAGCUAUUCCCUGCUUGCAGACGACGUUCUGGGAUCGUACCUCCUGUGUCCGCAUCCUAAAAAACCCAAAUGUGGUUCUCUCAUCAUUCGCUUCCCCUCUGGCCUGGUCACACACCUCAUAGAAAACACUCGUAAAGGGAAAUUCCACCUGGAGAAAUGCAAGACUGAGUUCGGUUCCAUAGCAGAGCUGAUUGAACACUACACAGAGACUCAGGAGGAGCUGCAGUGUCUGCUGAGCUGUGCUCGGGUAAACCACUGUUAUGAGUGGGAGGAAAAUACCAGCAAACAGCCGGCUGUAAAGCCUCACAAGAGCCUGACGAAAGCCAAAAUUAAAAGUACCCACAGAAGGGAGUGGGUCUAAACCCUGGACACUGGAACUUGUGGACUGCCAACCUUUAAAAGUGACACCCUUUUCUUUUUCUUUUCUCUUUGCACAUGUAUCAUCUCUUAAAUCACAACUGGUGUUGUGUGGGAGGUUUCACAAACAUAAUGCACCUAUAACAGUGUUGGCACUUAAUGUACAUAGUAUACAAGUCAUUUUUAUCAAAGGGUACCUAUUGGUCAAAAUGUAAUAUUUUGUGCUUGCUGCUUUUUAUGUUGUUUUUAUGUGUGCCUUUAAGGCAUCAGUCAAUUUUAUUAGUGUUUUUUAAGAUGUUUAACUAACGACCCUGAAACUGUGCACACACAUUGUUUCAUUGUGAAGAUGUUGCACAAAUAUAUUUGAUCAAAGUUUAUUGUUUCGUCGCAUUUGAAUCCUGCUUACCUUAUCACUGUUUGUGUGUUUUAGACAUCAGACCCGGAGAUUGUAUAAGCAGUAAUACCAAACACAACUGUGUCGUGGUGUAAGAACAUAUUACACCAAAUAUUUUCUAUAUCUUCCGUUAUUAGUGUGUUUGUAUAUCAUGGGGUCGGCUGUGUUUACAAUUUUUGUUUUAAAGUUUGUGUGCUGUCAGACUAACUCAUUGUUAUGUUUGUUUGUUUUUUGUUGCUGGCUUCAAAUGGAGUUGAGCUUACGAGGUCCAUUUGAAGGCAGCAACUGUCUAACAGGUAAUGUUGUGUACAGGUAAAUAUAUAUCUUGUACACUGAUUUUUCACCAUGGUAUGAAAUUGGAUUGGCCCUUGGGUUUUUGGUUUUUAUAAGACUUUAUACGUCUUUCUUUUGUUCUGUUCCAAGAGGCUGCAUUUUAAUUAAUAAUUAAUAAUCUGAGCACCUUUCUACCAUCUUUUCCACAUUCGGCCAACAAAUAAUCUUCAUAUUGUUCAUCCUUGUUUGAGAUUAAAUUACAGGCGUGUUCUGUUUUGAUCCCUGCAGAAA